CGCUGGCGGCGCUGCGCCUCCCGCCCGGGGUGAGCCGCGCGCGAGGCGGCCCGCUGCACAGAGCGGUGAGCGGGAAGCGAGCGGACGGCGGCGGCGGCGACGGAGGGCUAGAGCGCGGAGGCCGACGGGCGGCGCGGCUGCCAUGGGCGCGCAGUGACCGGCUGCGCAGCGCGAACUUCCUCGGCGGCGCGGAGCUCCCGGCUGGCGGUGCGUCUCCUCGGUCACCAUGAAAGACGACUUCGCAGAGGAGGACGAGGUGCAGUCCUUCGGUUACAAGAGGUUUGAUAUUCAGGAAGGAACGCAAUGUACCAAAUGUAAAAAUAACUGGGCACUGAAGUUUUCUAUCAUUUUAUUAUACAUUUUGUGUGCCUUGCUAACAAUCACAGUAGCCAUUUUGGGAUACAAAGUUGUAGAGAAAAUGGACAAUGUCACAGGUGGCAUGGAGACAUCUCGCCAAACCUAUGACGACAAGCUCACAGCAGUGGAAAGCGACCUGAAAAAAUUAGGGGACCAAACUGGGAAGAAAGCUAUAAGCACCAACUCAGAGCUCUCCACCUUCCGAUCAGACAUUCUGGAUCUUCGACAACAACUUCGUGAGAUCACAGAGAAGACCAGCAGGAACAAAGAUACGCUGGAGAAGUUGCAGGCGAGUGGGGAUGUACUGGUGGACAGGCAGAGUCAACUGAAAGAAACUCUGGAGAAUAACACUUUCCUCAUCACCACUGUGAACAAAACCCUGCAGGCGUACAAUGGCUACGUCACAAAUCUGCAACAAGAUACCAGCGUGCUGCAGGGCAAUCUGCAGAGCCAAAUGUAUUCUCACAACGUGGUCAUUAUGAACCUCAACAACCUGAACCUGACCCAGGUGCAGCAGAGGAACCUCAUCACUAACCUGCAGCGGUCUGUGGAUGACACGAGCCAGGCCAUCCAGCGAAUCAAGAACGACUUCCAAAAUCUACAGCAGGUUUUCCUUCAAGCCAAGAAGGACACUGAUUGGCUGAAGGAGAAAGUGCAGAGCCUGCAGACGUUGGCUGCCAAUAACUCUGCCUUGGCCAAAGCCAACAACGACACCCUGGAGGAUAUGAACAGCCAGCUCAGCUCAUUCACAGGUCAGAUGGACAACAUCACCACGGCCUCACAAGCCAACGAGCAGAACCUGAAAGACCUGCAGGAUGUACACAGGGAUGCGGAGAACAGAAUGGCCAUCAAGUUCAGCCAGCUGGAAGAACGCUUCCAGCUCUUUGAGACGGAUAUUGUGAACAUCAUCAGCAACAUCAGUUACACAGCUCACCACCUUCGGACACUGACCAGCAAUCUUAAUGAAGUCAGGACCACUUGCACGGAUACGCUGACCAAACACACGGACGAUCUGACCUCCUUGAAUAAUACACUGGCCAACAUCCGCUUGGAUUCUGUUUCUCUCAGGAUGCAACAAGAUAUGAUGAGGUCGAGGUUAGACACUGAAGUAGCCAACUUAUCAGUGAUUAUGGAAGAAAUGAAGCUGGUGGACUCAAAGCAUGGUCAGCUUAUCAAGAACUUUACGAUACUACAAGGUCCUCCUGGCCCCAGGGGUCCCAAAGGUGACAGAGGACAGCAGGGCCCCCCUGGUCCCACUGGCAACAAGGGGCAGAAAGGAGAAAAGGGGGAGCCUGGGCCACCUGGCCCCGCCGGUGAGAGGGGCCCAAUUGGGCCAGUCGGCCCCCCUGGAGAGCGCGGCGGCAAAGGCUCCAAAGGCCUGCAGGGCCCCAAAGGCUCCCGCGGGUCCCCUGGGAAGCCCGGCCCUCAGGGCCCCAAUGGAGACCCAGGCCCCCCAGGCCCCCCAGGCAAGGAUGGACUUCCAGGCCCCCAGGGCCCUCCUGGCUUCCAGGGACUGCAGGGGACUGUCGGGGAGCCCGGGGUGCCGGGACCGCGGGGGCUGCCGGGUUUGCCUGGGGUGCCAGGCAUGCCGGGCCCCAAGGGUCCCCCCGGCCCCCCAGGUCCAUCGGGCGCAGUGGUUCCCCAGGCCCUGCAGAACGAGCCAACCGCAGCACCGGAGGCCAAUGGCUGCCCGCCUCACUGGAAGAACUUCACAGACAAAUGCUACUAUUUUUCGGUUGAGAAAGAAAUUUUUGAGGAUGCAAAACUUUUCUGUGAAGACAAGUCUUCACAUCUCGUUUUCAUAAACACAAGAGAGGAACAGCAAUGGAUAAAAAAGCAGAUGGUGGGGAGAGAGAGCCACUGGAUCGGCCUCACGGACUUGGAGCACGAAAACGAGUGGAAGUGGCUGGAUGGGACAUCUCCAGAGUAUAAAAAUUGGAAAGCUGGACAGCCAGAUAACUGGGGCCAUGGCCAUGGGCCAGGAGAAGACUGCGCUGGGCUGAUUUAUGCUGGGCAGUGGAACGAUUUCCAGUGUGAAGACAUCAAUAACUUCAUUUGUGAAAAAGACAGAGAGACAGUACUAUCAUCUGCAUUAUAAAGGACGGUGAUGUAAUAACAUGAGCAAAUUUUCAAAGAGUUCUCAAAGGCAAAGGAUAAUUCUUUUUGAUUGCAUCACCUUCUCCCCAGAUUGAAAAAAAGCACUAAAAACCAAUUACUGAAAAAAUUGACAGCUAGUGUUCUUUACCAUCCACCAUUACUCAAGGAUCCGUUCAUCCUUUUUCCUCUCCUCCUAGAUAUUCUUGUUCAAAUAAGUACACAGCAUGCCCAUGUUACACCAGGUGGGCAAAAGUCCAGAGAAAAGCAAGCUUAAGGAAACCAAAUUUAAUUCUCCAGAGGCAAAGCCCCUGAUUUUCAGAUUUUUCAAUGAAUGGGUCUAUGAAUGAACUAUCUCACUCCAGCCUGUCUGCCACAGCCAGGAUUGUAUCCCAGCCUCCAGCUCUUCUCCAAGGACUUCUUAGCCCUGAGUUUGCAAAGCAAGGAUUGCCCAUGCAACUUGAGCAGGAGUCAGCCACCAGUGAGAAGAAUCCCGCCAACAAUUCAUCCAGCCGGGUCAUUAAAUGGGCUUAACCAAAGGGUCUUGAGUUAGUCCUCUUCGCCAGGGAUGGAGAAUUGUCCUUUGGCCAGUUUUCCAACCUCUGCUGCCAGAGUUUGCUGUAUUCUUUAAUCAUCACUCACUGCCAUGACCCACUAAAUCAUUCCUGGAAGCUGCAGGAAAUUAUAAGAUUCUUAAAAUCAAUUCCUGUGGUAUGGAGCAAAGGAGCUAGGCCAGGCCUGACAUAAACAAGCACAAGUGCUGGCUCUAUAGUAGCUCUAACAGCACCUACUAUCUCCAACCUCUAUGCAAGGAAACUGAAGAUGAGACAGGUUAAAUAAAUUCCCAAGAACUGGGAUUCGAACCCAUGGCCACCUAGCUUCCACCCUGCCAUGCUGUCUUCUACACUCCAACAGUGACAUUCCUGAGUGCCUGGGCUUUUUGCAUUGUAUUUUGAUCUUUGCCACAGGAAAUUAUUUAGGCCACCAAGAGUACCUCUCUCUUUCUACCAGAACCAGGGAGAUAAUGUAGAAAUCCUGAUUUGUGCACUUUAGAUAAAAGUACAAGACCAAUCCCUUCAUUAUCAAUGAGCAAAGAGUCAAAAGUCGACUUGUGUCCAAUGCCAUGGAUGUCCAAAGAGGUCUAGUUUGGAGAAACCACCCUAGAUUCUAGAGUAGCUGGACCUCUCACAGAGUUCUCUGAUAUAAUUAGUGUCAAAUGAAAGAUGGGUUUUGGAGCCAAACAGGCUCAGGUUUGAAUCCUGCUGCCUACUUCCUAGUUGUGAAACAUAUUCAAACAAACAGCAGAUAGCUCUCUCCCCUCAUCUCUCUCCUUUUCCCACCAGGCCCUCUGCUCACAUACAGAACCAGCAUUGAUCGAGAAGUGGUUCAGAACUGGCAUUGCUUGUCCUGAUAUCACUAGGCAGAGUUUGCAUUGACAGUUAGCUCACUGAUAAUGCAUCCUUUCAAAAUACUGGACAGGGGUGACGGAGAAAAACUAAAAUUGUGAUAUCUCUUCUCUCUUAGACCAGUACAUACUGAAAAAAAAUUAAUUUGUAUCUCUUUCUGUGUUAUCCCUUCCAUUAGGUAUCAGAGUAGAGGUUCCUCUCAAUUUGUGUUAAUUACAGAUUUGGCUGCUGAAAUAAAGACCCAAAAUAACGGCAGCUUAAGACGGAGGCUUCUUUCCCACACAUCUAACUAUAUGUGCAUAAGCAGCCCAGGGAGCCACCUUCCUGGUGUCUUCUUGCUCUGCCAUCCCGAAACUAUCAUUUCGUCAACUAUCACCGUCAUUCGCAUGGUCCCAGAGGGCUCAGCACACACCCACACUGCAGGAAGCAGACUUGAGGGAGAGGUGAGGAAAGAAAUUAAUCCAUUUAAGGGCAGAAAUUGCAUACAUCAUUUCCACUCACAUCGCUUUAGCCAAAACUAAGUCAAAUAACCUGACUUAUUUGUAAGGGAGGCUGGGAAAUAGUCUUUAGCUGCAAAAUGCAGUUACAUGCCACCCUAAAAAGUCCUAUUAUGAUAAAAGGAAGAAAGACUGUAUAUGGGUGGGAGGGAGUAUGAAUAGGUAGUUGCACCAUCCAAAGCCACCCACACUCAUUCCCCUCCUGUACAACAUAUUUUCCACCUUGGUCUCCUAUGGAGACUUUGGUGAAUUACUGAAUUACUGGCUCCAAUUAUCCACCCCUUUGCCACACAACCUGGCAAUGCCCCCAUCUCUCUGGGAGAAGGGAACCUUCCUGUUCCUUGACUUGGGCUCAGGCAUGUGACUUGCUUUGACCAAUAUUGGUGGAUGUAACAUGACCAAAGGCUUGAGAAGUGCUAGGGUCACUGAGUUUGUCCUCUUGCACAUCUGCCAUCACCUGAGGGCUUCCCCUGGGCAGCUGCUGCCUCUGUGGCCUGAGCUCUAGAAUGAGCCCAUAUGGAACAAAGCUGCCCCAGCCAAGACAGACCUGCGGCAAGAAGUAGAGCCAGCCCAACCUUCAGAGCCUGCAGCAGAGCCAUCUGGCCAACCCACAGACCUGUGAGAAUAAAUGCUUAAUGUGAUACAUAUUCCAUUUGAGAUUUGGGGGUUGUUUAUUACAUAGCAUUAUUGGAGCAAGAGCUAACUGAUAUGAGUUCUUAGGCUCUAACCCAGUAGCUCUCUAUGUGGUUAUUUUCUAUUGUCCCUUCCAGAUCCCUUCUCCAACAUUCUCUGGGCUUUGGGAGGUAGGUCUCUAUGGGCUCCCUUGGCUUCUGGCUUCCAGAUGAUUUGGACAGUGAGAGCCACUGGCAGGAGACAGAGAAUGAGUGGGGUAUUUAUUUCCCUGGCUUCCUCCCUGAAGGCCACCAGGGAUAGGUUGCAUCCCUCUACCAAAGGUCACAUCUCCUGUCAGGUGGUCCAGCUCUCUCUCUGGGUCCAGGAAUGGCAACUUCCUCUUGCCCCUAGUAAUGGCUCACAGCUGCCACUAGGCCCAAGAUUCUGCACUCUCCUUUCUUGUUUUCCCUAAACCCUGUCCACAGCUUUGUCACCUGCCCCUUAAUUACACUGUCCUCAAUUACCCAGCUUGAGUGUGCCAUCUUUUUCCUGCUGGACCCUGACUUACACCACCCGCACCUGUACCCCACCUCCACCUCCAGGACCUGUGCUCAUCCUUUCCCUGGCCUCUACUCUGCCACAUAGCAUGUCUCCCUCUCUUCUUUGUGGGUCCAAAGAUGACGCCCCUUUCAAGGCACACUCCCUCUUUCAAGACACUUCCUCCAAAGUCUCCAGGCCCCAGUGAGCUCUCCCUUCCCUUAAUUUUCCCAAGAUCCACCACCCGUACCACAUCAUAACACUUUGUUUCACGCUGAAGCACAGCAGUCUGUAAACCAUGCUCUGGGGAGCCCAGGGACCCUGGGAAGUUGCCACAGUGGUUGGGAGGAGGGUAUUUGCAGAGCAAGUGGAGCUCCAGAUCACUACCCAGACAGCUACAUAUUUAUCUCAUAUAUGAGAUUUCAUUUGAGGGUCACUGUUUUAAAAGUUUGAAAACUUUAAUGCAGCACACUAGUUUUUAACUUUUUAUGCGUAUAAAUCUUAUCUACCCAAAAUGAAUAAAAUGAAUUUUAA